CCGGACUAAGUUUGUUAGGUUAGCUUUCUAUCGUUAUAAUUUCAAUUUUUAUUGAUGCAGAUUUUUUGACAUCUUUUUAUACAAACUAUGUUGCCAGUUCAUACUUUAAAUAAUGGACAACAAAUACCGGGGAUUGGAUGUAAGUUUGUUAUGUACAUUAAUGAUGUAAUAUGAGAUUCCACCCAUUUAUCAAUUUAUUAAUCCUUUAACCCCAAAGAAUGACUAGCACCUAAUUUCUCCUUACAAUAUCACCCCCAUAUCACACAUUAAGGUCAUGAGAAUAAAGGAAAUGGUCACUAACCAGAGCAGUUCUGGAUUAUGAAACAAAUUCUCCUCAUUAGCACCUUAGGGAUGUAUAGGGAAGGGUAUGAAGAAUAUGCAGGCUAAUGUUAGUGUAGAAAGGGUUAAGUAUUCAUUUUAAUGAAGAAGGUAAUUAAAUAAUCACACAUUUGUAGAAGUUAUUCAAAACAUUUAGCUAGGGAGUAUGAACCUAAUUUGCUCAAGUUAAAAUCUGUACAUGAAACUUCACAUUGUGUACUAAAUGUUCAAACAUGUUCACAUGCAGUAUAAGUAUAUCUCACAAAUAACUUGCUGUACUGUUAAGUGGGAACAUUUCAGAUGAAACAAGUGUCAGGGGAAGAUUUAAUUCACAGAACUAUUGAUACAGCAAUCCACUGUGGCUACAGGCUCAUUGGUAAGAUCAAAAUAAUCAUGCAUUUAUUGUUAACCCUUUCAUUCCCAAGAUUUCUUUAGUAAUUCUCUAUACUGUCUGCCAACCAGUUCUUGUGAAGUUAGUUGGGAGAAUUUGGUAUUGGUUUUAGACCUUUUGAUGUCUUGUGGUAGAUUGAGACACUUGACCCUCAGUUUGACUCACACACCUUUUACUGGUAUAGGUACCACAGUGAACUAUGAGAGAAACCUGUGAUGCACAUUAUAUUCUGAAGGAUUUGUCUUGACAUUGUUUAGCAUCCCAUCCAGGAAAAAUUGCAAUUCCCCUAAUAAUUAAAUGCGGCUGAAAUCAUAUUCACCCUUUAAUCCCUUGGAGUGAUGGCGCCUCAUUUCUCCUUACACCAUCACCCUUGAAUCAAACAUUAAGUCCAUGAGAAUGACAGAAAUGAUCACCCACUGGGGAAGUUCUUGAUUAUACUCCAUACUAUACUCCAUGUCAGUAUCAUAGGAAAUGUAUAAAGAACAGUGUGGAGAAUUUGCAGAAUGAUCUUAGGUUUAAGCUGUUUCUGCUAGUGUGCGAUUCAGUCACCAAACUAUUGCUAAUCAUUUACCCCCAUAAUUCAGCAUUGGUCUAAGGCUUGAUAGCCCACCUUUUGUUAUUUUUUUGAAUCAGAUACUGCUGCUGUAUACCAGAAUGAGGCAGAUAUUGGGGAGUCACUGAAAAACCUUUUGCCCAAGUAUGGUCUCUCCAGAUCUGAUAUUUUUCUGACAAGUAAACUGUGUAAGUGUUGUGCUGUUAUUUAAGAUGUAAGAUUUUUGAUCAGUGCUAACCUUAAGAAUCUCAUAAUAUUAAAAAAUGCCAAUAUUCCCUUUGUAUUUCUGUGACCCAGUUUACUUUUUAUAUGGUCAACUGUUUCCUUUUUAUAUGGUCAACUUUUUACUUUUAUAUUGGUCAGUGUAAAACACAGACUGCAGACUGCAGACUGCAGACUUCAGACUGCAGACUGCAGACUGCAGACUGGAGGUAAAGUACAGACUGAGGGUAAAAUGCAGACUGAAGACUGCAGACCAGGGGUAAAAUGCAGACUUGGUUCCGUUUAUGACUGCAGUAUUGACCUGAUUGUGAAGCACAAGAGCGAAGUGUUGAACAUCUUGAAGCUUCUGAUACAAAGCACCAUUCCAAGAUCACACUUACCUUUUCAGCACAAAACAAAGGUACGAGAAACAGGUUUUUAUUGUCCAAGUAAUCGAAAUUGCCGAUGUGUGAUGAACGUCUGUCGCUACUACUUUUAAGGCCGAACAAAGUAUGCAUGAGCUACAUGUAUGUUAAAGCUACCUAAUGUUGCUCAUCAGAACUCUUUAUUUCUUAUAUGAAUAAGGAAAAUGUAUUUAGCUGGCUGUAAACUGCAUAUUCAAACAGUUACAUUUCUAAUUGUUCUUACCUUAAAACAAUAUGUUAAUGCCAAGACCAUCUGAGGACUUGAAGUUUGAAACAUUAAUCACCAUGAUGAUUAUUGUCAGCCUCUCACAACUCACACAGCCUCAAUCCUAGGUCACUCUUGAAGUUUUUCCGGGGAAGCAGGUUGUUUUUGAACCAAGUCUGUCUUUUACCCCUGGCAGUCUUCAGUCUGCAUUUUACCCUUGGUCUGCACUUAACUCCCAGUCUGCAGUCUGCAGUCUGAAAUCUGCAGUCUGCCUUAACACUGACUGAUAUAAAAAGUAGAAAGUUGACCAUAUAAAAACUCGACUUGACCAUAUAAAAAGUAAAAAGUUGACCAUAUAAAAACUCGACUUGACCAUAUAAAAAGUAAAAAUUUAUCUUAUUAAAAGAAAAGUUGAUCAUACAAAAAGUAAAAGUUGACCAUAUAAAAAGUAAACUGCGUCACAGAAAUACAAAGGGAAUAUUGACUGGUUUGGUGCCCCAUACACAUACCCAAUUUGUUAAUUUUUGUAUUGGAGCCAGUCUUCAUUAAAACUAUACAGCUUUGAAUGAAAUUGAUUUUACCCUGCACAAUUUGUUCUUUUGUGAUCAAUGGUAGCGGCCGAAAAAAAAAAAAAGAUUAUAAAAUGAUAAAUAACUGGACACUGAACAUGACAUCUGACAAAAUGAUUUUAAAAAGACCAUUCAGCAUUCAGUAAUACCUCCAUAGAGAAAUUACAUGUAUCAUUGAGCUUAUGGGGAUUUUCCUGUGAUUGAUUUGAUGUGUUCAUUUAAUUUCCUUUUUGGUAGCUCCCAGAGAUCAUGGUUUUGAUAGCACAGAAAAGGCUUUUAUGAAGUCAUUGAAGGUACUAGACUGUGCAUAUCUUGACCUGUAUCUUAUACAUUGGCCUGGUGUUCAAAAACUCAAGAGUGAUGAUCCUAGGAAUGCGGAGCUGAGACAAGGAAGUUGGAAAGCUUUAGAGAAACUUUAUAGCACUGGUUAGUGACUUUUAAAUAUCACUUAAAGCCUUAUCUUACAGAGCCUGGUUGCAACUGUAGUAUUUGCUAGGCUACCUGUGGCUGCCUGUUAGAAAUAUGACAGGAUAGGCAUCAGUAUGGAACAAACAUAUGCGCAUGACAAUGGCUGAAAGGUGUUAUUGCAGCUUGAAUGCAAAUAAAGAAAGUUUUACAACAACCACAAACAGAGGCACAAAAACAGCUGAUCAUACAGCAUACAAUUAUUUGGAUUAUGACAGUAGGAAUGAGUGCAAUUAAUCGAGAAUCAUUUUCCAAAUGAAGAUGAAGAAGUACAAGGAGAUACAGUGCAGCUGAGACAUAAUCUUCUACAAAGACAUAGCCUUGAAUCAGAAAUAUUUGGAAGAGGAAAAUGUUUUGUUGCCAGAAAAAAGAAAUUGAGAAAGAGAGCUUUUGCAAUAUUUCAUGAGUUCCCAGACUAGGAUUUAAGCAAGAUAGCCAUAAUGAAUCAAAGCAAUUGAUAAUGGAAGGUCAUACAAUGUUGUCAUGGCCAGCAAAGGAGAAAAAAAAAAUGUAUAAAAGUCAGCGACAGAACUUCAACUUUUUCACAUUAUUUUCUGUAGUCACCAUGACACCCAAAACAGUUUGCAGCUUGAGGCACAGUACAAGUAUUCACAAUGUGUCUGUACAUUCUGUUUUACAGAAGGAUCAUCAGUCAACUAGUUUUAAAUGUGUGUUAAUGUUUGCAGGUUUAGUCAAGUCAAUUGGAGUAUCAAACUACACUGUAGAUCAUCUGGAAGAACUUCUUCAGUAUUCAACAGUCACACCUGCUGUUCUUCAGGUACUUAGCCCUUCACACCUUAACAUCAGUAUGCAUCUUCUCUGUGCUGUUUUCCAUACAUUUCCAAGUGUGGUGAUAAGGAGAAAAUGUUCAACAAAUCAAGAGCUUCUUAGUUAAAGAUCGUUUCUCUAUAUUCUCAAAAUUAGAUGCAAGCCACUCUAAGGGUUAGGGGUUAAAGGGUAAAACUCAUAGACUCCUAGGUCUGAUGUAAAUCAUUAAAAACAAUUUAGUGUUGUAUUAAGAUUACUCAUUUUCUAUCUAAAAUAUCCAUACCUUAUUCAGUGUAAAGCACUAUUGAUCUGUACAUGUAAAUAGGGCUAUACAACUAAUAAAUUAUUAAAUUAUUAUUAUUACCUUAUCAAAGAAACUACAGAGAUGAAGAUACUAACUGAUCGUCUGGAAUGAGUAAUCUUAAUGCGACACUAAAUUUUUUUUAAUGAUUUACAACAAAUUAUAUUGAACAGCAAGAAGGGGAACUUACUAGUUAUAUCUUAGGAGUUGUCAAGGUUAAGCUUUGAGCUAUGUGACAAUGAUUGUAGUUGGCAUUAUGUUUAAUCUGAUGCCUCAAUCAUAUGCAACCAAAUUUGUUGUUACUGAAAUAUAUAAUUAUCAUUAUUUAUUUUUUCUGGUCAACUCAAUAGACUUUCCAUGUCACACUGUACAGAAAGAAAAUUUGAAGGUUUGAAUAACUUUUAAGACCUGCCCAAAUUCUCUUAAUCAUGUGACAUGAUUGUGAACAUGGUAUAGCCCACAAAGUGAGCCCAACUGGAGAAGUGGGUAUGGGGGGGAACAUGACCUUCUAGUGGUCUCAGAAGAAGUGUAUGUGUUUCCUUAAAUGAUGAGCAUCAUCCUAGUCACUGGUAGGUUGUAACAGAUAAACACAUGGUAUUUUACUUGACUUUUUAACUUGAUUAAUUUUCUGUUAACAAGACUACUUAGAAUUUGUCCUUCUGUACAGAGCUCCAUUGCACCAGAAUUUUACAUCCUUACCCCUACCACCACCCCCCCCCCCAAAAAAAAAACAAAACAAAACAAAACAAAACAAAGCAAAACAAAGGAAAAUUAAAAACAGAGUAUGAUGAUAAUUGUUAAAAAUAUUUUUACCUUUUUCAAUAGUUUACCUCUUUUAAUCUUCCGGAAUUCUUGGACACUCUUUAGUAUAAUUGCCAUGUCGCUUUUAUUCUGUCUAAAUUUCUUCAAUGAAGAAAUUAAUGGUAAUUAAAACAACAUGUUUUGAUUUUACACAGGUUGAAUUCCAUCCCAUGCUUUACCAGAAAGAUUUGCUUGAAUACUGCAAGAGUAAAGGAAUUCAGUUGCAAGCAUACACCUCUUUGGGUCAAGGAAAAGUAUGUGAAGUGGUCUUAUUUGUUCUGUCUCUAGGAUGGCCCAUCAGCCAACAUAAACUUUGAUGAACAUCAAUGGAAGAGAACCCUUCAACACCUUUCCUUUUGAAUGCUCUGCCAAUAUAAUAUGAACACUUAGUGUUCACUCACCACACGUUCUAUAUGUUAUUUUUUUGCCUUCUCUCUUUCCGUAUAAAUUCUAGCCCAAAAUGAUAAUUCGGUUUUUAAUUUGAUAAUUUAGUGAAGUUGGAUUUAAAACAUCAGUUUUAUUGACCAAAUUUUUCACUAUUAAUUGUUUUUAGCUUUUGGAGGAACCAACUGUGUGUACCCUGGCCGCAGAGUACAGAAAAUCAACAGCUCAGGUGCUUCUGAAAUGGGCUCUUCAGCACGAUGUUGGUGAGCAACUAAAGUCUGUUUAUUUAUUUCGUACAUACUGAGAUUUACAGUGUGAAGUACUACCGUUCGUGUCUAUGAUUGGACGAAGGAUGUAUUUUCACAGCCUUUCGCUUCGUACUUCACAAUUUAAAUCUCAGUUUGUAUGAAAUAAAGACAUCAUACCAUGGAAAGUGCUUGUGAUGCUGGCGUUGGCAAUGCAUCAAAAUGCUCACUCGUUGGUUUUUUUGAUGUAUCGCAAUUCGUGAAUAUAACUCUUUCGCGUGCCCUUUCCAUGGAAUGAUCUCUACCGAGUGGUCUCAUUUGUUAUCAUUUGUUUACUGAACCACUUCCUAAUAAGCGUAGCCGUUGGUUUUGUGUGCGGUUGAGAUAGGCGAGCGAGGGAGCCUCGAAAAAGACCAACGGACAAAUGCGAAAAAUACAGACGGAGCCGCGAAAGGGACUAGCGAGCCGAAAAAAUGACCGGCGGAGUCGCGAAAACGAGUUACGAAGGUGCGAUAGGCGUGAAACAGAAAAUGCCUGUUUCUGCACUCGAAGCUUCGAUGCCCGUUUCACGGCCUUACUGGCUUUCUUUUAACGAGCCAUUCAGACUUAUAAGCUCAUGUCGAUGUCUUGAUUUCUGAGGUUGGGAGAGGUUGGUUUUCAGGAAUUAUGAAACACAUUCCUUAGAAAAAUACGAGAAACUCCUUCGUAGACGGAUUCUGAAUUGAUUUGUUUCAAAAAGGGAAAUAACAAUCCAUUGCCACGCAUAGGACAAAUUAGAACUAACAUAUACACAUGUCCUCAAGGAUUCCAUGUUCAGUCCUGUGAAUUUAAAUGCUUUUAGUGUUGAAAGCUUUUAAGAAAUACGAACGUCAGAAAGAGAAAAGGUCAUUUCACUUAAAAAGAAAAAGACGAAAAAGCUAAGAAAAUUUCCUUUUUCUCCAGAGGUUAUUCCACUAAUAUAAAGAGACGAAAAAGCUAGGAAAUUUGUUUUUUCUCCAGGGGUUAUUCCAAAAUCUGUUAAGGCUCAACAUAUUAAAGACAACAUCUCCCUCACCGACUUUCAUCUUUCUGAACAUGACAUGGAGGUGCUUGGCCGGAUGCACUCCAACACCCGUUUUUGCUGGGAUCCUACGAGAGUGAAAUGACUUCGGUUAGACCUGGAGUUUGCAAAUUUUGGUAUAACUACGUUAUACAAUGGACUGUGAGCGGUUAGCUUGCAUUAAAUAAAGGCGGUACGGAGGACGGAAGGACCGAACUGAGCGAGGAAAAAUUCAUCCAAUGCCAAGCGCCGGUGAUCACCUUGCUACCAUCGUGGGAUAAUGUGCAGCAAGUGCCAAGCGCGGAGAAGCAUUCAACAGGCGCUGUACACGGGAAACGAAACUACUACCAACACGUUGCAGAUACACAAGUACUCGGCGAAAAACGCAGGAAAACAUUGAGCUUAAGGACAUCUGGCGAAGUUUGAAUAAGUCGCAAGAGUUAAAAAUCAACAAAUAACUAGGAUAUACAGUUUAUCUGUUCCAACUUAUAAUGAGUUGAAUGCAAUGGUUUAACUUUUGAAGAAGAAGCUCUAUUUCAUAGUAUGUUUUACCAGGUAAUUAACUGAAAUAUCGCGCCAAGGAGAAAGCUGUUAAUCGGGAGCAACUGGAAAAACGAAAAAAAUCGCAGAGUGCUCUUUGACCAGGCAGUGGAAAGGCGAGAAAAGAGUUAAGAGCAUUCCUUUCAAUAUUUUCCGGGAUUUAAGUCCCUUAAUCGACUAAAAUAAUUAUGUCUGUCUACUGGCUUGGGACAAUAUUAACUGAGAACGUUUGCCUAAAUAUGUUAUGCCAGAUUUGAUAAAAGUGAGUCAAGCGCUUCGGUGAAUUAUGAAAGCUGGUGUUUCCGAUCGCUAACUUUCUGUUGGACUUAAAGAAAAGUUAUUUUGUGUUAACAUCGUGAUUACAUGAUUAGUGGGAACGUCAACUUUUCAAAUUUCGCUACCGUGGGUUACUUACUUUUAUCGAAAUAUAGUAAGCUGAAACAAACCUACUGUUUGACAUGCCAGCCGACGCGGAAUUACAGUUUCUCUAGAAACCAUAUUACAGUUUAUAGUAGAUUUGCAGUUUUUCUUUGGCCUUUAAAAUAUAAAAAUUGUGGCGUGUUUCUUAUAAAGUCAAAGGUUAAGAUUAGUACACGUAAUUCAUUAUUUUUUUAUAAGUGACAUUUACAUGAUAGUUGUGUAUCGUUUAUUUACCUCAGCCUACAAUAUAGAUUUAAAACUCCAAUGAUCAAAAAGCUUCAUGGAUUGCCGAGACAAACAUAGGCUAUUUUUAUGAAUAACUUUAGGAAUUUAAGGUGGCUGGAGACAGUUUUCCGAGACAUCUACCGACUGUAUUAAAAGCGCUCAAAAACUAAUUUUCCCUCUUCGCAGUCAAACUAAUUCCACACAUGUGUUGACUAAAGGAUGGAAGUUUGAAAUAGUGGGCGGGCAUAGCAAUCGAUUCUAUUAUACCAAUGUUAUGGGAAAAUCCCGUUAAACAAUUUUGGGACGGAAAAUAAAAAGGCGAACGUGAGUUAGUUUUAAAUCAAGAAGUCGUAGUUUGUCCUUCCCUUUUGGAGGCCUAUUGUGUACAAAUGGG